GGGGCUUGUGCUCUUGUCUGAGGAGGCUAGGAAAGGGCAGAAGAAGGAUUUACUGUCCGGAAGGCCACAAACUCGCGUCUAUUCAUCUUUAUAUACAGCAAGCCCCGCCCAUUCCGCCUGCUCUAGUGAGGAGGGCGUAAGUGAGUGACGUAUGCAGACGUAAAGCACGCAGGCUGUGGAUCGGGGGUGUAGGAGUCCUUCAGUUUGACAGCGCUCCUUUCCUGCGUGAAAUCUCCUUCGUCUGCCUGGAGUCGUCCGUCCGCGUGUCGGACGGACACGCGUGGUGAGCGGGUGAGGAGACCCCUCCCACCGCUGGAAUUCUACGAGUUUUUCCGUGAGGGGGGGUGAUGGGGGAGGCGUUUCUCAGGCACGUCCGCCGGUUCCCCUGGAUCACCAACGUGUCUCUGUACGGCUGCCUGUUCGCCGGGGGGGACUUCGUCCACCAGUGGUUCUCUCGGGGGCAGGACGUGGACUGGAAGCAGACGCGCAACGUGGCCGUGGUCGCCUUCACCUUCCACGGGAACUUCAACUUCUUCUGGAUGCGCUUUCUGGAGCGGAGGUUUCCGGGGACCUCCGCCGGGAUGCUGCUGAGGAAGGUGCUGCUGGACCAGACGGCGGCGGCGCCGCUGGCCACCAGCGUCUUUUACACAGGCGUCAGCUUCUUGGAGGGGAAGGAUGACAUCAUGGAGGACUGGAGAGAAAAGUUCCUGAACACCUAUAAGACAGGGCUGACAUUCUGGCCGUUCAUGCAGCUUCUGAACUUUGCUCUGGUGCCUCUGUACAUGCGGACCACCUUCACCGGCUGCUGCGCCUUCGUUUGGGCCACCUUCCUCUGCUUCUCCCGUCAGACCGGUGACGGAACAGCCGCUGCCGCCCUGGCAUGGAUCUUCCAGCCCGAAGGAGACAAGGCGCAACUCGACAAAGGCAAAGCCGAGGCAGCUGCCGCGUCCGAACCCAAACCGUAGCACAGCCAAUGUUUUCCCUGAGCGUUGAAACUGGACAUAGGUGGCUGGGCAAGGGGUUUGGACCGGUCCUGACUGGCCAAGAAGUUUAUCCGAUGUAAUCUGCGACAGAAGUCUGAUUGUAAAGAUGCAUCUUCUUCCUGCUGCUGAACAAACAUAUUGGAGCCAAACUGUUUAUGAAAAAAGAUCAAAGACAGGUGCUAAAUCAUGAUUUAUCAUGAUUUUUCCUGACCAGAUUGUCAUUUGUGAUCAGCUGAAGAUUCCUGGAAAUCCUGGAAUGAUCUAUAGAGACAUCUGCAGCUGGUUGUGAGGACUGAUGUUUCUCAUGGGCUUAAGAAGCCCAUGACGGGAAGCUAAUCUCUGGCGUUUAACUUCAGAAAGUUUGCGUAGAUGUGAGCGCUUCGAUGGCCCUUUGGCUCCAUCCAUUGACUGCAUAAGAGAGAACUGGACUGAGCAGCUGUGACGUCACCCUUAGAAAAUGCCUUACUUCUGGCUCCAGCGAAACAAAUUCAAUUCAGUCGCCAUUAUUCCACAAUACGGACGUCGCCAUGUUGGAGCCAGUCGACAGUGAUUGGUCUGAGUAGUCUGACUCACCAUUUAUAUGGCAGCUACUGUCGCCAAUCAGGAGUGAGCUUGUUUGGUGUUCACACCCUUUCCACUAAAUCUGUCACUCAUACGUUGGAGGUGGGGGCCACCAGGCACCACAUGCUUCUACUGGGGCAUCUGAUUGGUCAGUUUGUAACUUGAAUAAGUUGCAAUAAAGAAAAGAAAAAAGCACCACGAAAAAUUUUUUUUGGGUUUAGAUAAAGGCAUCAGAAUGAUCGAGUAACAGCUGCUUGUUUCUCAAUAGAAGUCUGUGGGAUUUCUGCUUCUUGGAGUUAGAAGGUACUUCCUGUUUGGAUCACAAGGUGUGGCGUCACUCAGUCCACUUCUCAUAUACAGUCAAAGGCGGUUUGAGAGCGGCUGCAGCGGUUGAGCACUUUGCACCGUUGGUCCUCAGUUUGUCUGCUCAUCGGGUUUCUGGUACAGGUAGCUCUUGAGGACAGGAGGAGUUCACGCUGCUUUAUAAUAUUUAAAAUGCCUCAGAAGGCUUGUAUAUUUAUGGAUCAGAUGACAGUGUGUUGGUGUUCUUAAAACAGUAUAAACUAUAAAUCUUUUCAUACCUAAACUGGAUUUGAAGUGUCCGUGAUGUGAGGCUGAGAGUUUGUCAAUGAAAGCUGGUGACUUACACUGGAACUGAAGGAUCUGUGAAAACAUUCAUGGAUCAUUUUGUCUCAUCAGUGACUAAACUCUUUGUGCUUUUAACACUAAGCAUGUCUAAUAAACGUUUGGAUCUCACAAAGAGAGUGUGACGCUGCUUUUGGCGUUUCCUGGUACUUUUUUCACUAUUGCAGAUGGAAUCUAGAAUAAAAUAAAGUUCUCUGUUGAAAUGCC